GGGAGGGAGGGAGAGACAGAAAGAGAGAGGGAGAGAGGGAGGGCAGACAAUCCAGUUCAGUUAUUCCUAAGCUGGCAGGCUGCUAGCAGUGUGACUGCUCACUCCGAUCUCUCUCUCGAUCUCUCUCCAUCCGUCUCUCGGUGGUCUCUGUGUUCUAAUGGGGUUUCCCGCCCAUGGAGGCAGGGCUCUGGGUCCUGAAGCCAGUGGGGGGGUCCGUCGCUAAUCCUCCACUCCUCCGCCCCCCCCCAGACCGACCCACGCGGGCUCUUUGUGGAACAGGGGAGGCUAGCCCACUGCCACACUCCGUCUGAUGGAUCACUGACACAGACGCAGCGCUAACGCAACGCUUGCCGGACGCUAACCCACCGCUGGCCGGACUGCUAACCGGACCGUUGGGCGCCAACUUGGCCCGGACUCUGCUCCCAGCUCACCCCCUGGGAAGUCCGAAUGGCAGCUAAGACAGCAGUAGAGUUGUUCCUCCUCCUCUCCGUCUUCAUCCCUCCAUCCCUCUCCUGUCCUAAGGAGUGCAUGUGCGACAACCGCUCCAAGGUGGUUGACUGUCGGGGGCGGGGCUUGUACGACAUCCCACGGCGCCUGCACCCGGACACUCUGGAACUCUAUCUCCAGGACAACCGUAUCCGGGGCCUGGGUUCCAUGGCGUUGAGAGAAACGCCCCUGCUUCGUGUUCUGGACCUAUCCAACAACUCCAUCACGACCGUGUCGCCUUCGGCACUGCUGGGGCUGAGGGCUUUGCAGCGCUUCAGUCUGGCCAAUAACACGCUGAAGGAGCUUGACAGGCGGCUGCUGGGACCUAUCCGGUCGCUCACGCACCUUGACCUCUCCUACAACAGUUUGGGGGGGUUGCCGGGGGCGAUGGGGGAGAGCCUGAGGAAUGCGUCAUGGCUGGGCCUGGCCCACAACCGUCUGCAGCGCAUGGACCGCUCCCUGCUGGAGGGCCUGGGCAGCCUGGACGGCCUGAGCCUGCGGGGGAACCCCUGGAGGUGUGACUGCCACCUCAUAGGGCUCAAGCUGUGGCUGGAGACCUUCCUGUUCAGAGGCGGCGUGGUGGACGAGGUCCUGUGCUCCCAGCCGGAGGAGAUGAAGAACAAAGAGCUGCACGCCGUUCCCUACCAGCUCUUCCACUCAUGCAUGACCACCAGCUACAACUACCUGUUCGCCAACAUCCACCACCUGGAGGCCGAGCGGUCCCUGCGGGGCCACGCCCACCUCAGCCCGGGCAUGCACAGCCCCCUGGGGGGAGCCGAGGGCCACGGGGGGGGCGGGGGGGGGGGGGGCGGCCUGCCGGAGUGCGAGCCCAAGCAGCGGCCGCGCCCGGUCAACCUGCGCUACGCCAUCGCCACCGUGGUGAUCACGGGCGUGGUGUGCGGCAUCGUGUUCCUGAUGAUGGUGGCCGCCGCCGUGUACGGCUGUGCCUACGCAGCCAUCAUGGCCAAGUACCAGCGGGAGCUGAAGAAGAACAAGGAGGCGGAGGCCGAGGCGGCCGGGCAGGGAGUCAAGGCUGCCACCACGGACGACAAGGAGCCACUGGAGAACGCCAUCGCCUAGGAGACGGGAGGACCACAGCCGGGCGUUGACCCCCUGAACAUGGAACCUGGACCCCCCCCCCCAGUUGGUUCUGGCAUGUUCUGGCAUUAUCACCGGACAACACUGUGUGUGUGUGUGUGUGUGUGUGUGUGUGAGAAAGUGAGUGUGUGAGCUCUGUCGAGUUUUUUUGUGAGCCUGACCUUCACCAGUCAACCUAGGAGCUGCUACAGAAGAGGGGUGAAUAUGACUGUGUGUGUGUGUGUGUGUGAAUAGGGGGGCAGCAUCCAAACUGUGUCUAUGCACUAUGAAAACUGUAGAGUCAUAAAUAGCAGUAUCUGUGUGAAGGGCAGGCCAAAGAUUCGAAACAUAUCAAUUCCAAUGUUAUCUCAGCUUAUCUUAUAUCAGAUAGAAAUGCAUAUUAUAUAGAUAACAGUUUUUCUGUAGCCACAAUAGAUGUAUUUUGUAACUGUAUUAAUUAAUUUGGAUUUCAGCAGAUUUAGUUUCUAAAUGGUUGUUGAUACAUUCAGUAGGCCUGUGUCAUGUUCUGGUCUCAUUUAGAAGUGAUUAGAAGGAGUUUUAGUAGGUGGAGGAAGUGGAUGAUUAUACUGUACUACUUUGUGUGUGUAUGUGUAUGUGUGCGUGUGUGUAUGCAUGUGUGUGUGCAUGUGUGUGUGUGCGUGUGUGUGUGUGCGCGCGUGUGUGUGCAAGUGUGCGUGUCUGUGUGCGUGUAUGGGUGUGAUGAUAACAAAUGAUCACUGAAUGAAUUUUUGAAAGAGUGAUUCUAAAAGCAAUAAUAAUGAAA